CGAUGGUGACCCAUGUUCCGUGUGUCCUGACCGCACCAACUGUUGAGCACCAUCGAUAACCCCACACCGGUGGCACCGCACAGCAUGGGGCUGUUGUGGUGCAUGUGUCUCUUGCUGGUGCUCACCCAGGCCUCGCUGGGCACUGGUGCCUGGCAGUGUCCCCGCAUCCCUUACAGCUCCACCAGGAACUUCUCCGUCCCCUACACGCUGCCCAGCCUCGAUGCUGGCAGCCCCGUGCAGAACGUCGCCGUCUUCACCGACCCCACUGGCCCAGCUGCCCUCUUCGUGGCCAUCCGCAACCGCAUCCUGCUGGUGAGCCCCGAGCUGCGCCUCCUCUCCAUGCUCAUCACCGGCCCCGUGGGCAGCGCCGAGUGUGAGAUCUGCCGCCUGUGCCCGGCUGCUGUGGACAGCCCCGAGCACACAGACAAUGUCCUGCUGCUGCUGGACCCGCUGGAGCCAUGGCUGUACAGCUGCGGCACAGCGCAGCACGGGCUGUGCUACCAGCACCAGCUGGAGGUGCAGGAUGGCGAGGUGACCAUCUCAACCACGCAUUGCCUGUACUCAGCCACAGGCAACAGCCCCGCAUCCUGCCCUGACUGUGUGGCCAGCCCCCUGGGGACCAGUGCCACCGUGGUGGCCACUUCCUACGCUUCUUUCUUCUACCUCGGCUCCACCAUCAACAGCAGCGUGGCGGCGCGGUACAGCCCGCAGUCAGUGUCCGUCCGCAGGCUGAAGGGCACCUUGGAUGGGUUUUCGGAUGACUUCCAGUGGCUGACGGUGCUGCCGCAGUACCGGGACAACUACACCAUCCACUACGUGCACUCUUUCAUGGAUGGGGACCACGUCUACUUCCUGAUGGUGCAGCCGGAGCGGCCAGGCUCGGCGGUGUACCACACGCGCCUGGCGCGGCUCAGCACCCACGAGCGCAACCUCCGCCACUACCGCGAGCUCGUCCUCGACUGCCGCUUCGAGUCCAAGCGGCGGCGGCGGCGGCGCAGCAGCGAGGAGGGAGUUGAGCGGGACGUCGCCUACAACGUGCUGCAGGCAGCGCACACUGCCCGCCCCGGCGCGCGCCUGGCCCGCGACCUCGGCAUCAACGACACUGACACGGUGCUCUUCGGUGCCUUUGCCGAGAGCCACACGGAGAGCCGGGUGCCGCGAGCGGACUCGGCUGUCUGUGCCUUCCCCCUGCGCCUGCUCAACCAGGCCAUGGAGGAGGGCAUGGAGAAGUGCUGCGGCACCGGGCACCAGCCGCUGCUGCGGGGGCUCAGCUUCUUCCAGCCGGUGGAGUACUGCCCGCACAACGUAAACCUCUCGGCACCAGUGGCCAACACCAGCUGCUGGGACAAGCCCACCCUUGUCCCUGCCGCCUCCCAUAAGGUGGACCUGUUCAACGGGCAGCUGGCCGGCGUCCUCCUCACCUCCAUCUUCGUCACCGCGCUGGGGGACGUCACCGUGGCUCACCUGGGCACAGCGGAGGGACGGGUAUUCCAGAUGGUGCUCCAGCGCUCCAGCUCCUACCUCCUCACAUUGGCCAACUUCUCCCUGGGGGAGCCAGGGCCAGUGUGGGGAGCCAUGGGGCUGCACAACCACUCGCUGUUCUUCGCUGCCGGCACCAAGGUUUGGCACCUGAACGUCACUGGCCCCGGCUGCCGCCACUUCUCCACGUGCCAGCGCUGCCUGCGCGCCGAGCGCUUCAUGGGCUGCGGCUGGUGCAGCGACGGCUGCACGCACCAGCACGAGUGCCACGGGCCGUGGGUCCAGGACAGCUGCCCACCCGUCCUCACUGACUUCCACCCUCGGAGCGCCCCGCUGCGGGGCCGGACGCGGGUGACGCUGUGCGGAAUGACUUUCCGCUCCCGCCCGGACCCCGACCCCUGCCGCAGCGCCCCCGGAACUUGCCGGGUGACGGUGGGACAGCGAGGCUGCACUGUGCUGCCAGAGGAGAGCAAGAGCCACAGACCCCUGCCCGCCUACCGCCGUAAGGACUUUGUGGAUGUGCUGGUGUGCGAGCUGGAGCCGGGCGGCCCGACAGCAGCAGAGGGCCCUGCUGAUGUGGUGCUCACCGUGGAGGAACCCGCUGGACUCUCUGGCUUCCGUGUCCAUGGCUCUGCCACCCUUGGGGGCUUCCUCUUCGUGGAGCCCCGAGUCAGUGUCCUGCACCCCCCAUUUGGCCCCCAGGGGGGUGGCACCACCCUCUCGCUCCACGGCACCCACCUCUUGGCAGGGAGCAGCUGGCAGGUGAUGGUCAAUGGCUCCGCGUGCCCUGUGGCCGGGCAGCCCAGCCACAGCCGCCGUGUCCUCAGGCAGGGUGACGGGGCCAUUCGGUGCACGACUCCUGCUGCCGGUGGCCUGGGCUCAGCCUGGGUGUCCCUGUGGAUCGAUGGGGAGGAGUUCUCGGCGCCCUUGCCCUUCCAGUAUCGCCCCGACCCCUCUGUUUCGGCCAUCGUUCCCAGCUGCAGCUAUGAGGGCUCGAUGCUCACCAUCAUCGGCACCCACCUGGACUCAGUGUAUCGUGCCAAGAUCCGCUUCGAAGCCAGCAGCGUGAGGACCAAACCCGCAGAGUGCGAGAGCCCGCUGUUGCCAACGCGGGUGCUGUGCCGCAGCCCAGCAUUCCCCUUCGAGAGCAAGGUGGAGAUGACGCCGGGGAACCUGAGUGUGCUGCUGGACGGUGCCACCGGCCGCUGGCUCUUCCGCCUCCUCUACUACCCCCGGCCCAAGGUCUUCCCCUUGGAGCAGGAGGGUGGGCACCUCCACCUCAAGCCUGGUGACGAUGAGAUCAAAGUGCACCAAUUGGGGCUGGAUGCCGUGACCACCUGCAUGAACAUCACCAUGAUGGUGGGGGGCCGGGACUGUCACCCCAACGUGCUGAAGAACGAGGUGACGUGCCGCCUGCCCCGCGAGCUGCGCCUGCCCCAGGCUGGGGCCCCCGUGGAGGUAGGCACCCCCUGGGUGGGCCACCUCCCCCCAAGUGUCCCCCAUUGCGACCCCGCUGAGCCCGUGCUCCCCCAGAUCUGUGUGAACAGCGCCUGCGAGGCGCUGGGCUGGGUGCUGUCCCCUGCCGCCUCGCUGGACCUGGCCUCCAGCCUGGCCCUGGGCACCAGUGUCACCCUCCUGGUCUGCGGCAUCCUGGCUGCCGUGCUGCUCCGCUGGCGCUGGAGGAAGAGGAGGGGGCCGGAGAACCUGGAGCUGCUGGUGCAUCCCGGCCGCAGUGACCCUCCCGCCACCACCCAGCGCUCCGGCGUCGACUACAGGGAGGUGCUGGUGCUGCCCACAGCAGGCAGUCCCGGCCCAGUGCUGGCCCGGGCACGGUUCACCAGUGCCGGUGCUGGUGCCGGUGCUGGUGCCAGUGCUGGUGUGGGUACUGGUGCGGGUGUGGCGGCCGGCGGCUCCCCCGUGCCCCUGCUCAGGGCCACAUCCUGCUGCCUGGAGGACCUGCGGCCGGAGCUGCUGGAGGAAGUGAAGGACAUCCUCAUCCCCGAGGAGCGGCUCGUCACCCACCGCCACCAGGUCAUCGGCAAAGGACACUUUGGCAGUGUCUACCAUGGCACCUACUCGGACCCGCUGCUGGGAGACCUCCACUGUGCCGUCAAGUCCCUGCACCGCAUCACGGACUUGGAGGAGGUGGAGGAGUUCCUGCGCGAGGGCAUCCUCAUGAAGAGCUUCCACCACCCCCAGGUGCUCUCACUGCUGGGGGUGUGCCUGCCUCGCCACGGGCUGCCCCUCGUCGUCCUGCCCUACAUGCGCCACGGGGACCUGCGCCACUUCAUCCGCACACAGGCGCGGAGCCCGACGGUGAAGGAGCUCAUCGGCUUUGGGCUGCAGGUGGCCCUGGGCAUGGAGUACCUGGCCCAGAAAAAGUUUGUGCAUCGGGACCUGGCAGCCAGGAACUGCAUGCUGGAUGAGACGCUGACGGUGAAGGUGGCUGACUUCGGGCUGGCACGGGACGUGUUCGGCAAGGAGUACUACAGUGUCCGGCGGCACCGCCACGCCAAGCUGCCCGUCAAGUGGAUGGCGCUGGAGAGCCUCCAGACCCAAAAAUUCACCACCAAGUCGGAUGUGUGGUCCUUUGGGGUACUCAUGUGGGAGCUGCUGACACGGGGAGCAUCGCCGUACCCUGGGGUGGACCCCUACGACAUGACCCGCUACCUGCAGCGGGGGAGACGCCUGCCACAGCCCCAGCACUGCCCCGACACCCUGUACGGGGUGAUGCUGAGCUGCUGGGCACCGGCACCUGAGGAGAGACCGUCCUUCACCGGGCUGGUGGGUGAGCUGAAGCGUGUCCUGGCCGCGCUGGAGGGUGAGCUCUACGUCAACCUGGCUGUCACCUAUGUGAACCUGGAGCGUGGCCCCCCUUUCCCUCCUGCCCCUCUGGGGCUGUUGCCUGAUGGUGAGGAUGAGGAUGAGGAUAGCGAGGAAGAGGAGGAGGAAGAGGAAGAAGAAGAGGAGAAAGAGAAAGAGGAGGAAGAAGAGGAGGACACAGCCGUGUGCUGAUGGGAUGCCCUGCACUGUGGGGGGCACCGGACCCCCAUACACUGUGGGCACGCUUCCCCUAGGAGGGAUGCAGCGUGCAGCCGGGUGCUAUGGGGCACUCUCCCUAUGGGACAGGUGCUGGGAGGCAGCUGAGUGCUGUGGGGUGCUCUCCCAUGCCUCACACCCAGACCCUGCCAGAUGCUCCCCAGGCUUGACACUACAACACAGGGUGCGAUGGGGCUCAGUCCUGCACUGGCUAGGUGCUGGGGGCUCAGCCCCACAGUGGCUGGGUGCUGUGUGGUCCCAGUCUCAGCCCCACAAUAGGGAGGCUCUGCUGUGGGGCCCUGGCAGAUUCCAUAGGGUGGCCUGGCCCACCCAUGGGUGCCUUGGGUUUUCCAGCUGCUUGGCUGCUGGAAUGGCUCAUUAAAACCUACUUCUGUUUUUCCCA